AUGGGAAACUUCAUCUUGUUUUCCUUUUUUACUUCCUUCACCGUUAUUAAUGUUUUCCUUUCAUCCCUAGCAACUGCCGUUCCCUGCGGUGGUUCAUGCAAAACCUUGAACGAUUGUGAUGGCCAGCUAAUAUGCAUCAACGGAAAAUGCAACGACGACCCGGAAGUCGGAACCCAUUUCUGCCCCGGAUCCGCCACUUCCGGUGGUGGAAGCUGUCUCCCAUCCGGCUCCUUGAGGUGCAACGGUCAAACUAAACCCACAUAUACAUGCUCGCCCCCGGUCAACGGGUCAACACCGGCAACACUGACUUUGAAUGACUUCAGCGCCGGCGAAGACGGUGGAAGUCAAUCAGAAUGUGAUCAAAAUUACCAUUCUAAUUCUGAAAGAUUGGUUGCGCUUUCAACGGGUUGGUACUCCGACGGCGCGAGGUGUGGGAGGAUGAUUAGAAUCACGGCCAGUAACGGUAGAAGUACGACGGCGAAAGUGGUUGGCGAGUGUGACUCGAGGCACGGUUGCGACGCCGCGCGUGCGUUUGAACCGCCGUGUGACAAUAACGUCGUUGAUGGUUCGGAUGGUGUGUGGAAAGCGUUAGGGCUCAAUGAAGAUCUUGGACGAGUUCAAGUUACUUGGUCCAUGGCAUGAUCAUGGAAUUCUUGAUAGGAUGGGAGGCAUAUAAUUAACCAUUAAGUUGGUUUCUAGUAAACUAAUAAAAGUUUUUAAAAGUUAUGAUUGUAAGGUUUCUAAUAAAGUCAUGAUUCCUUUGAAACAAAUUUGGAAUGACAGUACACCGUGGUUGUGAAAACUUGUCGAUGCGUUUUCGCUCUCGACCUGCAGGUUAUAAUAAAUGAUGCACAUAUAUCUUUUCAAUCCCAAUUUUUGGAAUGGAGGUAUAAUAAAUGAUCAAAUUGCC